CACUUGGUUGACUUUUGUCGUUCGUUUUUUUCUUCGAUUUAUUGUAUCUGAGAUUUUUCCUCAAGAUUCAUACAAUCCGCCAUGUUUUUUCUUUGAUUCUUGUUUCGUGUCAAGUUGUUAAUAAAUUUUUGCGUAAAAGCACAGUAAAAUUGGCUCGCUAUCUGGGUUGACACAUAUGAAUUAGUGGCGGACGAGCUGCGGAAUAUCGGCACAAUAUCCAAGGGCGAUUCUGUUGUGUCGUUCCGAGAAGGCGAAGUUCUAUUGUCGGAAUCGGAAAGGAUAAACAAUACAUUGAAAGAAAGUGAUUACGAUGAAUCGAAGUGAAGGUCUUUUCCGACGUGUAAAAGUUCGCGAUGUGGAGGCUAAAAAUGCCGAUGGCUCGCUCAGCAAUAAUAACGAACAGAACAAGAGUGAGAAUGAGGAAGAGCUGGAAGACUGCGACUCGAAGGAAACACGGCUCACUUUGAUGGAGGAAGUGCUACUUCUCGGACUCAAGGAUAAGGAGGGCUACACAUCGUUUUGGAACGACUGCAUAUCGAGUGGUUUGCGUGGCUGCAUUCUGAUCGAGCUCGGUCUGCGCAGCCGUGUGGAGCUCGAGCGAGCCGGCAUGCGACGGAAGGGUCUCUGUACGCGAAAGAUAAUUCUGAAAUCGGACACUCCCACUGGUGACGUUCUACUGGAUGAAGCACUCAAGCAUAUCAAAGAAACCAAUCCACCGGAGGCCAUACAAAAUUGGAUCGAGUAUCUGAGUGGAGAAACGUGGAAUCCAUUGAAACUGCGAUAUCAGUUGAAAAAUGUGCGCGAGCGACUCGCCAAGAAUCUGGUGGAGAAGGGCGUUUUAACAACAGAAAAACAAAACUUUCUGCUGUUCGAUAUGACAACCCAUCCACUGAACGAUAACGUUAUCAAAUGUCGGUUGGUGAAAAAGAUCCAAGACGCAGUGCUAACGAAAUGGGUCAACGAUCCUCAGCGUAUUGAUAAGCGAAUGCUCGCGCUUAUUCUACUUGCGCAUGCUAGUGAUGUUUUGGAGAAUGCCUUUGCACCACUAAACGAUGAUGACUACGAGCUGGCGAUGCGACGUGUACGGGAGCUACUCGAUUUGGACUUCGAAGCGGAAGCAGCAAAAUCAAAUUCCAACGAAGUUAUUUGGGCGGUUUUUGCAGCGUUUACUAAAUAAAUGGGGGAGAUAGUGUAUUUGUGGUAGAGUAGAAGAAUAUAGCUUAUACGACGAAACCAGUUUCGGGUUUCGUUAAAGUCCAAACAAACAAAAAUCCUUUCAUAUUAUGAGCUUACUUCCCACAUUAUUCUUUCGUUUCCUACUUCAUUAAAUCCAUGCAAAUUAAAAAAAACAUACAAAUAUCUACACAUUAAGACAUUCGCGGAGGAAACAAGACGAUAGAAAUAGAUGUAAACCAAUUAAAUAUAUUUUAUCUUAUUUUAUCUAUUUAUAGCAGAUAAUUCCAUAAUCAAAAAAUACACCUGGAAGAGGAGAUUUUUUUCUGGCUACUGAUGCUACUGAUACGAAUGAUUAAAACAUCGCCGCACUUGCAAUGAAAACAAACCUAGAGUGUAAGUGGAAAUUACUGAAACAGGAUUAAAAACACAUGUAUCGAUUUUUUGGUUUUUGUUCAAGCGGAAACAUUAAAUCUACGAAAUAAUUGUAUCAUAUUGUGAUUUCAAAUUUUUGUUGUUGCCCGCCGACACGUGUGACGGCUUUGGCUAUUUGUUAAAUUGCUGUUCCCUCAAGCAAAUGGACAGAUCGAUUCGAAAUCGUGUUAUGAGUGUUAUGCAUUCUGUCAUUCUGUCAAUAAUAUUGAUUGUUGUCCAGCACUGAAAACCUCGGAUGUUAUAUUUCUACAGCAAACAUAAACGGUACAUGUUUUACGGUGGAUUCUUGACACGUUCGUUUGUAUCGCAAUUUGUGAGUAAAUUGGAAAAUGGCAAUACGCAGAGCAUUUUGUAUAUGUAUUUUUAAUAACAUUACCUUUGAGUAAGAACUUUUUUCUAUUGACCGUACUCAGAACCCAACGUUCGUUUGAAAACACUGUAAAUUGAAUAGUUUCGGAAUUGGGCGCUGAAUGAGAAAAAAAAGCGUUGGCGAAGGCUGAAUGCAAAUGAAAAUAUUCAUCUGGAAAAGAAGUGAAAAAUGCACGAUGUGGAAUAGAACUGCCGAUAGCGCAUGAAGUGUAUAUAGAUUUAAAUGAUGAAAUUAUUGUUAUCAAACACUACGAUAUGUAUAAUAAACAACUAAUUUAACAAUAAAUUUACCUAA